ACGAUGGAAGGAGGCGAGACAGUUAAAGUGUCGGUAGUGAUUGAUCCCAAACCUAACAUAAUACCAUGUUCGAACACAUUUACCGCCGAGGAGUUGUGCAUAUUAUUAUGUAAACAGUACAAAAUACCACCACUAACCCGUACUUUAUUUGCGUUAAGAGUGAGAGGAAGAAAUUACUUUCUCAAAGAUAACACCCGCGUUUUAUCAAGCACAAGAGAUUAUGAACUAAGGAUUCGUUUCAAGGUGCCAAGAAUAGGACUUCUAAUUACAUUGGAUGAAACUACAUAUGACUACUAUUUUCAACAAGCAAGGAAUGAUGUUUAUGAAAACAAGAUACCUGAAGUCAAGUAUCCGGAGCACAAGCCGGACCUUCUGGGCCUGGGUAUUACUGACAUGACACGGGCAGUUGUAGAGAAGAAUAUGACGCCGAAAGAAGUGGUAAAGAAUUACAAGAAAUUUAUACCAAAAGUAAUAGUGACCAAGCAUGGGCCGUACCCGAAGAAAUACGCACACGACUACCUGCCCAACCUAGUCUCCGUUGGAAAUAGUGCAAAUCGCGUGAAGAAAUUGUACCUCCAACAUUUGUACGGGCUGGCGCCGAACUACCUGGCGGAGGAGUUCGACAGCGUGCUCUGGCGGAACGGCAACGACACGGUGCCGGUGCGCAUAGUCGUCACCCCCUUCCACCCCCACGAGCCGGGCAUCAGGCUCUACAACACGGUCACUAGAAAGUGGUUUCACAUGUGCACGAUAGAAGAAUUAAUUUAUUUAACGCGAAACGGCGACCUUUGGUUAGAAGUUUCUAGAAGAGGAACUCCAUUAUUUUUCAAAUUUAAGUCUGAAGAGCAGUUGUCAUCGUUCAUCUCUGUUUGUGAUGGUUACUACAGGUUGAUGGUGAAAUGGAUUUUCAAUUUAUCCAAAGACGACGAGACUCCGUCUCUGAAAGAAUUACAAAGGAUCAAAUGCCACGGCCCUGUUGGCGGAGCAUUUUCGUAUAGAAAGUUAGAGGAGAAGAGAGCUAAGAAACACGGCAGUUAUAUUUUAAGACAAUGUCAGGACGAUUACAACCUAUAUUAUUUAGACGUCUGUACAAAAAAUAGCACGACAGAAACGUACCGCAUAGAAUACCACGGCCACUGUUACACGUUCAACGAGCAGGAGUUCCACAGCAUCGAGAAGAUAAUAGAGUACCACCAGAACCCCGACGGCAGGAUAUUCUUGAACGAGUGCAUACCGCCCUCGGAGUAUGACAAAUCACAGUUGCUAUUGUGCGGUGAACCACAAAAGAAGGGCGUGAGGAUUGACCAGGCAGAGUUACAGGAGAUAUUGAAAGAUAACAAGAGCCCCCGUUGCUUGCCAAGCAAAGACAUACUGCUAUAUACUGGUUCUGAAAAACUAGGCUCGGAAGGUUUAACGGCGACUUUCAAAGCGCUGUGGAGACUUGAUGAGACUAAAAAAUUAGUAGUAGCAUUCAAAACGCUACAGAGGGAGAAGACUAAUGACUAUUUAAAGGAUUUCAUCGAGCUGGCAAGCAAAUGGGCGUGCGUGCAAUCCACCUCGAUCGUGCGUCUGUACGGGAUCACUCUGAGUUCGCCGACUGCCAUGGUGCUAGAGUACCUGCCGUACGGACCCUUCGAUGACUACCUCAGGGAGCACGGGUCGACGGUGUCGGUGCUGAUGCUGAAGAAGGUGUCGGCGACGCUGGCUCGCGCGCUGUGGGACCUGAGCGAGGCGGGCGUGGUGCACGGGUCGGUGCGCUGCUCGCGCCUGCUGCUGGCCGCGCGCGACUCGCGCCUGCAGGUCAAGCUGGCCGGCCCCUCGCUGCGCCGCUACACCGCGCAAGAUGUCCACUGGAUCCCGGUGGAGCUGCACUCGGACAUGAGCCUGGCGCGGCGCUCGGUGGCCGCCGACAUCUGGGCGUUCGCCACCACCCUGUGGGAGGUGUUCUCCUACGGGCAGUCUCCCACAGACACCAACCCCAUCCUCACGGCGAGGAGCUACGAAAUGGGCGAGCGACUCAUGAGGCCGGCGCGGUGCCCUAGCGAGGUGUGGGCGCUGCUGCGGCCGUGCUGGCAGCCCGACCCGCCGCGCCCGCAGGCCAUCAUGCGGGACAUCAACCACAUGCUGCACGCCGAAUACGUACCUGUACAUCAAUAUGAAGAACCAAAGAUUUCUCUAGACAACAACAUGGACCACGCAGAUACUGUUUCAAGUGACAGAUUCAUUCCGAGCGAGAGCGACGCCGGCAGCAACAAAUCGUUAAUAUCGGAGGACAGCAGCGUGCAGUCUAUGAACGGAACGCUCUCAGAACAGUACAAUAAUUCGUUCGGCGACAGCAUGCGCUUCAACUCGCUGGGGUCGCUGGGGCUGCCGUACGGGCUGCGCGGCGGCGCGUCGGCGCGCUCGCUCAGCUCGGCGGGCGCGGGCGCGGCGCUGGACGAGCCGCCCGGCGCGCAGCCGCGCCUCAUGGAGUCCAUCGUCAGCCAGGGCAAGACCUACCUCGUCACGCUCUACCGGAGGAUCGGCAGCGGUAACUACGGGCACGUGUUCAAGGGCGUGAUGGAGUGCGACAACCAGGAGUCGGACCGCAAGGAGGUGGCGGUGAAGAAGCUCACGCGCAACGCCGCCGAGCGCAACUCCACGCUCUACGAGGACUUCAAGAACGAGCUCGAGAUCAUGAAGUCCCUGGUGCACGUGAACAUCGUGGAGAUCCUCGGCUACUCGUGGGCGGGCGGCGACGUGCUCAUCGUGAUGGAGUACCUGGAGGAGGGCUCGCUCAACUACUACCUCAAGUUCCAGGGCGACAAGCUGCGCACCGCGCACCUGCUCAAGUACUGCCUCGACAUCGCCUCUGGCAUGGACCACGUGUCAUCGAAAGGCAUCGUGCACCGCGACCUGGCGACGCGCAACAUCCUCGUGGUGAACAAGUAUCACGUGAAGAUCUCCGACUUCGGGCUCGCGCGCAUCCUGCCGCGCGAGGAGGACAACUACCGGCUCAAGACGCUCAGGCUUCUGCCCGUCAACUGGUACGCCCCCGAGUCUGCCGUGAAGCCGUACAGCUUCUCGACGAAGAGCGACGUCUGGUCUUACGGCGUGACGGCGUGGGAGAUAUUCACGCGCGCGGCCGUCGAAGUGCCCAAGUUUGACGACGAGCGGCCUCUGGAGAGAGCCUCCUGUUUCCCCAACCCGAAAGACUGCCCCUGGGAGCUAUACGAGCACCUCAUGAAGAUCUGUUGGAAGCUCGACCCCAAGCAGCGGCCGACUUUCAUCAACCUAGUGCACACUUGCAAGCGCUUCAUGGAAGAGUACAAAUGAGGCACUGCGUCAUAGCUGCGCCGAAAGGUAAAGAUUAAACCAUAUACGGGUCGCCUAUUGCGAUUCAUAUAACCCAGGUGCAACUGACCAAAUAGAUGUGCUGUUAACACAUUCGCUCCCAUACAACUAAAAAACAGACAACAACAUUAUAGUCAUUGAGCGUGUUGAAUACAUGCAGUCGGGCAGUAGAACCGUUUUAUUUAGUAGCGUUGUUUUCUGGUUGAGUAAGUGCUAAACACCUAAGUUUGACAAUCGAGUGUCUAAAAUACAAUAUAUGGCUAUUAAUGGCUAUUGUUAAAGCGCACCGUUGUUUGCUUGACUUAACAAGUCUAUUCGUUCAGUUGCCUGUUGAGGAGGAGGUGGAUCGUCAUACUGACUACCAAAUUAAUGUAGUUGAGCAGCAAAUUGUUUAAAUUGUUUAUACGACAACGGUUUCACUCACUUGAAUUUUUAGUCGCUAUUGAAACCAACCAACCAAGUGGUUUCAAGUGAGUGAAACCGUAGUCGUAUAAACAAUUUAAAAUAUGUCUCACGAAAGUUUAAUAUCGAUUAGUUGAGCAGCACUUGAUUUUUUAUAUAUGACAAAUUUUGCCUCACUUGCCUUUGGAAGAUCGUUUGGUGUUCGGGUAUUCUGAGUGUACGGGAGGAAACGUGCAAUUAUGUAUAUAUGUUUUUUUUCUAUCAUGUAAGCGUUCUAAUUUUAUAUUUUAACAUAACACAUUAAAAUCAUAUUUUGGUUUGUUACAUUCUGCUCCCAAGUCGUUUAAGUCAGUCCUCAAAUGCUUGCCUAUUCGUAAUCAGAAUCAGAAUUUAUGAAUGAAACGUCUAAUGGACAAAUAGGAAAAGGUGUUGCUCACAAAAAGACACAGCAACAGAAAAGCAUCAGCUCAAGCAAGUCUGCUGCAAAUUAUCGAAAAUAAAUCGAAAUUAUAGUGUUCGUUAAAACAAUAAAAGUUGAUAUAAACUUUUGAUUUUGUAACUCGAAAAUAAUUUAUUCUGAUAUUUAUUAACAUGUGUUUCGUGUUAUUGUGUCUCUUUCAUGAAUGACUAAACGGGUAAAUCAUAUUUAACAUGUAUAAUGUUGUAUUAUAUAUGUAUUGACUAUAUUGUAACAACGACGCGAUCGUUUUUUCAUUGCACAACGCGUGCUCUAAGUUAUACAUUUUUAUAAGUAAUGAUCAUAUUGUAGUUCCUGAGAGCAUUUUCAUCUGUAUCUUUUUCAUAGUUUCAUUUUAUACUUUUUAUAGUCUUAUUUAUUUGUAAGUGAUUUUACUCAUAUUGUUUUAUUGAUUUAACGAGAGAAAGUUGGCGAGAUAAUGGUUGCAAUAUAAUUAUAAUGUUUUAUAAGAUCUAAUUGUUAACAUAGUUUUAAUAUUUGACUCUAGGUAUGUAGUUUAUGGAUUGAUGGCUUAGUGCUUUUGCUGCUUUCGAUAUUGGUUAAGUUAAAAAAAAUGCACUUAUGCCUUAGGGUGGUAUUCCACCUGUCUAAUAUCUUGGUCCAAUGUGUAUUGUAUCGCACAUUUUGCUUAAUGAGAGAGUGAGACUUAAUUCAGUGCGCAGAGUAGCCUACUUUUUGGCCUCUUACUUACUAUUUCAGUUCAAAGCCAGCAACUGGACUGCGUUUGCCAAGUUUCAUGUGUUGUCUAAGGGAUUUAUUGCACUCGUGUGUAAUUGUUCUGUAUUUAUAAAUCUAAUAGCUUAGGUAUCUAUAAAUGAAAAUUGGCAGCCAGAAGGGCGAUUUCUGUUUUAUUAUAAUAAACAAACAGCAAAAACACUCCGAUGCGCAAACAUAGUAGCGUAUACUUUAGUGUAAUAUCAAGUCAAAGCGCCACGAGAAAUGGAAUAGAAAUCCCUGAUGCAUCUAAUGAGAACCGAUAUCUGUCAAUUUAUUCAUGAUUCCUCUAGGGAGCCCUAUGCCUAGCUCAGAUCGAAUCUUGCAUCUAUGUUCCACGUCUGUAAUCUAGUGUUGAAGCAGCAAAAGUAUCUAAUACUAACCGGAAAUGUUCGCUAAGAAGCUUGGAUACUGUACAAAUUAUGUAAUUAUUGAACUACUAAGAGUACGUUAAUUAUUAAAUACGCGAUGUAUGUUUUGAGAAACUUGUUAUAGACUAGAGUCCCAGUACAGGGAAAUAAUGAUAGGUGUUUUCGACGGUAAAUGAAAUGAUAUCUCAAUAUGUUUUGGAAAUAAUUGAGAACGAAAGGUUAUUUUAAAAACCCUACUCUACAAUCCGCGGAGCUUGUUUGCAAAGUAUGUUUCGUCGGGUGACAAGCAAAAGUCACUAACUAACACAGUUGAAAUUAUUAGACAAUAAACCGUGUUACAAAUGUAAUAAAGUGCAUUGUUACUUUAAUUUUUUGAUAGUACUUAGUGACUUUUGCUUGUCACCCGACGGUUUGUUUUAAAUGUUUUAAUGUUGAUGAAGAAAGUAUGCUAACAUUUCACUAUUAUCUAAACCUGCGACAUUCUAGUCUAUGAAAAGUUUCUUAAGUACCUACUAUUAAAUUUUGCUAGUCCAAUUGUACUAGACAAAUCUCUGCAGUCAUCGUAAGAAUAAUUUUAACCACAUUUUACCCUCAUAGUGUGAUCAGUCUGAAUUUUAAUUUCCUAAAAAAUCAAUCUUUACCGUGUGUGUAUUGAAUAUAUGUAUUCAUAAACAUGUACUUACAGCGAGUUCAACAACAUGUUUACAUGCCAACGGUAUAAAAAUAGAUUUGCAUGCCUCUAAGACAAUAAUGUCGCGUAAAUAUAUCUUUGGAACGUUAGCUUGUAAAGAUUUUAGUAAACUCGAUCAUACAGUUGAAGUUUUAUCCUUAGAAAUAUUUAUGUUUGACACAUACGCAGUAUAUUCUUAAAAUGGAGAUAAUCUGUACUGUAAGAUAAAAUAUAUUAACAACGAUGAUGUACACUUAAUUGCAAUUGUCUUGAUGAUGAAAUAGUCCCAGAAAUUAGCGACGUACUAAAAGUCAGACUGGUCACACUAAACAUGAAAUAAUGAUACCAAAGAUGUUAUUAAAAGAUCAUUUAGUUACAAAUAUAGUUAGAACAAUUUAUUUUUAAAAUGAUAUUAAGUAUAUUGUUAGUACUAUAGUUUACAAUGCUGCAAAUUACUGAUAUCGUGAGAGUUAUUAUAUGUUAGAUAAGCUUUAAAACGUAAUCUUUAACGUAAGUGCGUUAUUGUGAAAAUGUUAUGAGCUUCAUGCAUUGGUCAACCAUUAAUUAUUGCAAAUGUUUAAAGUACUUUGAAGAAUGUCAUAAAGUCUUAUCGGGAAUAUAUUAGAAUUUUGAAGCCGAGACUGAAAAAAAAAAACGAAUAACGGUGCUAAAAGUAGCGCAAUUUGGGCCUUAUAUUACAUUGUUGAUCGUUUUGAGAUAGAGUCGUAAUAAAGGAUCGGUAAAGAUAUGUAUAACGCGGGAGGAGAUGCGAUGUUCUUAUAUAACAAGCGUGCUAUAAUUAUGAAUUUCUAAUAUACUAGUUGGUAGUUAGUCGGAGAUUAAAAUUAAUAGUUCGAAAAAUAUUUGGACCUAACAUUGAUAAUAAGGAUCUAAUAAGGAUCGCUGUUAGUGACAACAAAAGCAGAAAAUCGUAGUGGAACGAAUGCUUUCUUAAGGACUUAAGAGAAGGGAACAAAAGAUCUCGUAGCCUUUAGUUGGGUUGAACUAAUAUGAUCACCAUAGCUAGCAAAGGUUUGGAAUAACAUUUUCAGAGUUCUUCAAGAUACACAUACGUAAUAGGUAGAUACAUAAACGUCAUAUUUUCAUUGAAGGUUGUAGGCAUUUUCCAAGCAAGCUUAACUCAGAUUGACUCUUCAAGAACGGCAUUAACGACAUUAACAUGUCUAAAUGUCAACAUGUCUGCAAUAUAAUGUAGCUGAAAAAUGGAAUACGACAAUAAACUAGCGUCGUAUGUAUAACUCCGCUUCAUUUUCAGUUUAGCUAGAAAGUAAGGACAUGUUUAUUUCAACUGGACAAUAUUCUAAAUGAAAGGUACAUUUUUUAAAUAUUUUUUGGUACCUACAACAUUUUGUGUCCCUCUUGACUAGUUACGUUGAUGCUUCCAAAAAUUUAUGUAGAUAUAUGUAUACAAAGUAUACGUGAUGAUAUGUUUGAGAAAUAUUAGUUCAAUGGAAACCAGUAUUUAAAACUAAAUUUGUCAAUUAACUGCUUGAAUUAAUCGAAAUUCAACGAAAAUUUGAUGUUAUGACACCGUUACGUGUUUUAUAAGAUAUAGCGUCCAUUGAUAAAAGUACCUAAAUGCACUUGUAAAUAUGCAACUCUGUCUUUUGGCCGUUGAAUCAAACAAGCGUUUUAUAUUAGGUAUAUUUUGCAGUUUAUAAUACGCGUACAGUUCGUUAAUUAUUAAGUGAUAAUGAUAAGAAGGCGAUGAAGUUUCUUUCAGUGUAAAAUAACAUAGAAGUGAUUGAGUGAAAAAAAAAAGACUAAGUACCUAUUUCAACUACCGUCGUGUGGUUACUGUUUACUACCUUACUUACUGAGAAUCUCAUACCUAAAUUUAAAGUCAAAAGUAUUUUGCAAAGUGACAUUUUUUUUUAAACAAUUUCUUUAAAAAUUGUAUAUGUACUUUCAACCUUAUUAAUAUUUAUUAAUGUUAAAGCAUAUUUUCAACUUUUACAAACGUAUUAAAUGUUCGGACUUAAUCUUUGUUUUUAUAUCCUUUAUAAUAAAAUUACAGUUCUAUUGACCAAUUUGUUUCACAACCAUCACGCUUUUGAAUUAAUUUUGUAGUAAACUGACAGAUCGUUUCUAGAAAUUGGCCCAAUCAAACUGUUAUUUUGUAGAUGUAGUGUAGGGACGCCUGGCCGGAAGCAGGCGGGCUGUUAUUUUAGUAUAUCCUGGAAUAUAAAUAUAGGUACAGCUGUGACUAGUCCAAGGGACCGUAAAUAGGCCCACGCGGCGGUAUAAAGUUAUAAUCAGAAUUACUUAGAUAAUGUAAACUGCAUGACAUACAUUUACAAUAAGAUUACUGCGUAAAUAAUUUUACGGUUUAGACUCACUUGUUGUCUCACAACAGUUUAAAUUCGAUUAUUACUGCGUAAACUAACAUGUAAUAAUCGUGUUAUCGUAUACUUACAUACAGAUGUAGUGCAUAAUUAUUUUCCAUCGUAUUUUUACGGAAACUUACGAACGUGUCGAAAAAAGCUAAAAAGUACUGACAUUGACUGAAUAGCAUGACAAAUACGAACGUUUCUGAGAAAAUACGAUGGAAGACAAUUAUGCACUACAUUUGUACACGAUAAUUUGUACCUAUCUGCAUUUGGAAAAAUGAUAGGUAUAAAUUAUCGUAGUGAUAAAGAGAUAGUAGUGACAGCUCUCCUAACUCGCACUUUCCUAAGUAUGUGGCUUGUCGAUUGCUCGCCGACAGAGCAUCAAGGGUAAGUAGAAAUAAAACUGGGGUUUCUACGCUGUAAUAAAUUUCCUUUUUGCGGUAUUUAGCUCGAUCCCCAUAGGAACUCUCAUUGUCAUUGUGCAAAUUUUACUUACAUUAGGAUUCAUUUAUUUGUUCGUUUUGUAUGUUAUUGAAUGUGACACGUGGAAUGAAUUUCGUUUAGCCUUAAUAGGUGACAAAUCAUUAUAAUUAUGCAUAUAAGAAUAAUUAUGAUAAUAUGAAUUGUGUAUAUAACAAUUGACCCAUUGGAUGCAAAACGACUUGCUGUGUACACUGUAAUUUAUUCGUAAUGAUCUUAAGCUUGUGUGUUAGAUAUUGUUGUUUUACACUGAGUGAAAUUGCACCACCUUUGUUAUUUGCCAUAAAUUUAAA